AAAAAUAUUUCAGAUUUGAAAAACCAAAAAAGAAUGUGAAACAAUUUUAUUUCUUGCAAUUAAGAAGUGAUUAUAAGGCAAUGGCGAUUCUCUCAUAUCUAAAAUCCCGCGCCUUGCCUCAUUUGUUAUCGAGUUAUGUUCACUCUCGUCAAUUGUCAUCUCGAAAUCGUUCGGCACGCAAUAAUCCCAACGGAGAAGCCGGAUGCGUCAAAAUUAACGUGAACGAACGAAACACUCCUUUGAAAUUUUCCGAGUGAUCCUCAGUGCAGAGGUUUCGGUGAUCGAGAGUUUUUCCAACAGCUGAUAAAGUCGACGAUGAUCGGCUCUCGUGGAAUCAACAACUCGCUGGUCCUCCGGCUCCUUCGACAGUUUCGUGUUCCUGAUGCCUAAUUUCCUCGGACGUCUCUUUGGAAUUUCUUAUAAAACUGAACGAUUGAUAAUGAACAUUUUAGGUUUGGUUAAUAGCACACUAGAUUGGAGUCCCAUUAAAUGGAGAAACAAGCUCGAACAAAUAUGGAACUUGUCUUUAUCGCAGGGAACCCUUAUUUUUGAUACUAUUGGAGAGGAUACGAUUAAAACUGCUUUAUCAUGGAUCGUAAUCACACGAAUCAUUAUCGCCCAUGUGUAUACGAUCUCUUAUCUGACAAACAUUUAUCCCAUAUUAACAUCUACUCGUCCGAACUUGUUACUACCCUGGUUGAUCCUGAGCUUCUUCAAAAAUGUCGUGCUGGAAGUAAUCGUAAUAGCUAUUGGCCUUUUGCUUUGGUACGACAAGAGAUUCUCGUUAACCAUUUUCCUUGAAUUCGUCCUUGUGAAGGUCAUUCCUUUGAUAAUUUUCAGUUAUGUCUGGUACUCUAACUCCUGUCUAUUUAUGGAACUGCGUCACAUGGAGAAACAACGAACAUUGAGAAGAACUAUGAGAAGCGAUUCGAAUCUGAUCGCUGCUCGCAUCUGCUUCAAAAUAGGUGAUUCGAAGUACAGAACACGGUCUCUGAUGACCUUGAUAUCCUGUGACAGUUAUGAUACUUACGAUACACACGAUACCAUCUCGCGAAUCAUCGACGAUACCACGUUAACGCCCGCCCAAAAGACGAUGAGAAUUCUUGGAUUGACCGAACAGGAUAUUGUGGACGCACGUUCAAGAAAAAAAGAAAGGGAAAUUUUUAGAAGAUUAACAGAAGAAGAAGACGAUAUUCCUGUCAAUACUAUUCUAUCAGGAUAUUUUUUCAUUAGUAAUUACGAUUUAACGAAUAAAUUAAGAACUGAAAAAACAGAAGAUGAGAAGAAUGAAGAGAUAAUAGAUGAAGAUACUAUAGAUAAGUAUAAAAAAGAUGAAGUUAAGGCGGACAUGAAGGAACAUGAAGAUGAUCAGACAAGAAUAUAUGAACAUGAUACUAUAAAUACAAAUGAAUGUGAAGAAGAUCAAGUUACGAUAAAUGAAUUUUACAAAGAUGAUAUCACAUUAUAUGUUAGUUCAAAGAAUGAAAUUUUGAGCGAGAAAAUUUCAAAGAAUCAAAUUAUGAUUGACGAAAAAUAUGAUGAUAAUAUGAAAGUUAUCAGUGACACUCAUAGUGCAAACAGUCCAUUUAUAACACUAACAAGAAAUAAUGGCAUUUUUAAUACACAAGACAUCAAAGAUAAUUUUUCUGAGAAAACAAAUCUAUCAAUGCACCAAUAUUCAAAUUCUCAAGAUAUUAAAAACAAUUCUUUCGAAAAAACAAAUCAGCCAAUGGAUCAACAACCACAAGAAAAUAAAAACAAUUCUUUCAAGAUAACAAAUCUGUCAAUGGACCAACGAAGUUCACCGACGAAGAAGAGGGGAGGAACAAAUUCCUCGGAGAUAAAUAACACGAAGCAAAUGAAAUUGUGUCCAUCCUAUCACAACGAAUUCAGCUAUUGUUGCUCUUCAAGAAAACAAGAUUUAUUCAAGUCUUCUUCGAACACUCGACAAAUGGUGGAGAAAUGUAGCAGUCCUGUGAAAAUUCAAGAUUUAUUUAAAUGCAACUGCAUCGUAGAUGAAUAUUUGACUAAAGAAAAAAUAGAGGAGUAUUGUUUAUCAGGCAUAGAAACGAUGAGAACCUCUACGCCUAAUAAAAGUAUUGACAAAGAGAAAAUAAUAAAAAAUAUAGAGGAUUUGAAUUCCAAAAACACGAGUUAUCAUUCAUGUUUGAACGAUUCCAUUGAUUUUAAUCGAAAUCAGAAGAUAGAUUUUACAGCGAAUAACGCAUUUCCUUUGAUAGAAAAGUUGUUGCAAAAUAAUCCUAAUAUGUUAAUGAAUAUUAAAAAUGAGGCUCAGAAGUUGGAAAAUGUUUAUAUGUUAAACAAGUCAAUGCAAGAAGUUUUUUAUACAGCACAGAAUACUGUAUCAAAUAGUAUGCAAAAUUUAUCAGAUAUUGUUAAAGAUUUAGCUGUGACGAACAAUGUUGUAACAAAUAUUGAAAAUUUAAAAACAGUUGAACCUGAAGAAAAAAAGACAAAAUUGAAGACUGAAAAGGAAAUGCUAAAAACUAUGGUUUCUUUGUCUGUUGUGGACAAUGAAAUGAAUGUAAGUUCUAUUCAAAAGAACAAUUUGAGCAAUAGUAAAUUGAAUGUCGUGAAAAAUACAUUGAGUAUAAAUAUGCCUAAUAAAAUAAAUGUGCCAGAAUAUUCAUUCGGAGAUGCGAAAAUUCAAAAGUUCUUCCAGGAUUCCAUGAAAGUUUUUGAUGGUUGUUAUGAAAAGGAUUUUGCCAAUAAUUCAGAAUUACAAUGUUUGCUUCAACAAUUAGAUAAAAAGUGGAGUAUGUAUCCUGGUCAAUCUGAUCAGGACGUAUUAAUAUCAUCAUUAAUACCUUUAAAUCAAAAAGAUCAAGUUAAUCAUUCAAUACAAAUACAAGACUCAAAAAUUGCUUCUGUUAGUAAUUUCGAUAGGAUAAAAAGAUAUGAAUCAAAAUCAAAAUGUUCCACAAGCGAACACCACGCAUCACAAAUUGUGCAAGUGAACGAGCCAUUUUUUGACAAUAACUCAUAUGAUUCUCAAAAAUCCAGUUCCAUUAGUAUCAUGAAAGACGUCUUCACGCAAACCGGCAAUAAUCUAAAAAACUCCUCCAGCAUUAGCCUUACGAAUGGAAAGAAAUUACGCAAGAAAUUCUUCUUCUCACGCAAACGAAAAGAAUCAAGAAAUGUAUCUAACACUAGUAUGCAUGAUGACAGAUCUGAAUCGCGAAGUUCAAUAUACUUAAAGGAUCAUGUUAAAUCUCUUACACAUCAAAGAUUUAAUAAUCAAAAGAAACAGUCCAAUUUGAUGAAAUGCCAAUCCGACGAGAAUAUCUGCGUGUGCGAAAUGACAGACAGCAUGAAUUCACUUUCAGAAUCAAGGAAAGAAGAGAUUAAAAAAUGCACCAAAUGUAAAGUGGAAACUUUUGGCACGAUUCCAUUGUCACAAGUGGUUCGACCAUCGAUGUUUGACGCGAUGAUCUAUCGUAAGAAGCCUCCUAUGUAUCCAAAGAAAACUAAAAACGAACUUUCUAUUCAAUCCAAUGCCUCUAACACAAAUUCGAAAAAAAUAUCGCCGUUCAAGAAACUUCUGGAAACAUCUAAGAAAUCAACGGAAAAACAAUCGUCUCAUACGAAAAAGUUCAAUUGGAAGAAUAAAAUAGAGUCAUUGGUAGAUAGGGAAGCUCGAGAAAUGAGAGCUCUAAAAGCUUAUAAUGAAGUCACUUUAGUAAAAUACAAGAAGGAAUUGGAAGCUAAAAAGAAAUUAUCAAAAAGCACUAAUCCUGAUGCUAACCCUGAAAGUUCCAAAGAUAGAUCUUCUUCUUCUUCGAAGAAGAGUAACUUGUCUGAACGUUCAAAGAAAAGUAUUCAUAAAACUAUAGAAUCAUUUUAUGAACGUUUUCACGAUGAUUAUAUAGACAAAGAAAACUUUACUGUUGAUGCAACGACAGAAACAGAACCGUUGUUCAAAACGCCAAGUGUAAAAAUUCAUAAUGUUUCGAACGAGAAGUAUUCUUGCUCGAAAUUGUCCAAAGUCAACAAAGUGACUGACAAGCUAUUAGAUAAUUUUGAUAGGUUGCACGGUGGACAAGCGAAGCAAGAUACGAAGAAGAACAAACAAACUGGUGAAAUAGAUAUAAGAAAACAGUACACUAAGUACAGCAAACCGAAAAAAUUGCCAGACGAUGAUUAUACUUCGAUACUAUCUAUGAAAAAGUUAGAAGGUACGCAGAAAGGUCGUGAGUUGGAGAGGACACCUGCUAAGGAAAAUGUCAGAGAUUACUUGGAGAGUACAGAAGUGUUAUCUAAUGACACUGAUCAAUUACUUUCUUUCGAAUCUCGCACAGACAACACAAAUAUCGCGGGACCUUCAAUUAAGGGCGACUAUAAUAAACAAUCUUCGUUAAUGGAAGGUGUGGAUUUUGGUGCACAAACUGGCAAUUUAUUGACAACGAUAAAGUCUACUAUCUUUCAAAAAGUUACUUCAUCAUGGUCCUCUAGCAGUAUUGAUCAGAGUACAAAAGAACCACAAGUACAUGAUUAUCAAGCUCAAUUUCCAAGUCAGAUGUUUGAAAUCGAACCAGUACAACAACUUGAUUAUAAAGAUGAAGAAGAAACAACUUCAGAAAUCGUAAAUUAUGAGAAUAUAAUAGAAUUAAUAUCAGAAACAAAAGAUCAAAUGGAAAUGAAACCAAUGUUAGAAAUAGAAAAUAAAGUAGAUCUCGAAAAAGAAAUCAAAUUGAUACCUAAAAUGGAAUAUCAUCAAGAGGAAAUGAAACCAACGUUAGAAAUCGAAACAAAUGUUGAUCUCAAAGAAGAAAUCGAAAAAAGUAUUGAUCUCAAAGAAGAAAUAGAAAAAAAUAUUGAUCUCAAAAAAGAAAUCGAAAAAAAUGUUGAUCUCAAAGAAGAAAUUGAACCAAUUCGAGUAACAUCAGAAAUCGAAGUCGAUAAACAAAAAAUUGAUAAUUCUAAAGUUUCGAAAGAUAAAGAAGAGAAAGAAAUAAAAGAAAAUAUUUCAACAGAUAUUCUUCAAAUAUCUUGCUCAGAAUGUAUCAAUUUUGAAGAAGAGAUUCAAAAUAGAGAAGAAAUAGAAGAAAUCGAAAGGACUAGCCUCGAAGUAAUGUCAAGUGAACCUCAAAUAAGAGAAACUUCAUCAAAUUUUAGAAAUUUCAGAAGAAACAUUAAUAUGAGCUACGUCGGUAAUGGUGUCAUUUUAAGUAAUUCUAACUCUCCAAGGGGAAAUCCACGUCCAUGGGACAUAGUGGAUGAGGAUACGAUUAGAAUGCUUCACAACGCUUUUUCUUAUCGAUCUGUAGAUACUUCUUUCGAUUUCUUCCGAGAAAUUCUGAUGGUAGAUGGCGAGACUAUCAGAAUGCUCCACAACGUGUUCUCUUACCAAUCAUUUAACGCUUCAUUAGACUUUCCUCGAGAAAUUCUGACAAUUGAUGAUAUUUUAAAUAGAUCCUUAGAAUAUCCAAUCGAUGAAUUUAUUUUUCAAUCUGACAGAGAAUUCACGGGUCUUACCAUGGAACAACUUCCUCCAAUGUCUUACGAACAUCAUCAUGCUAUUUUUACUACCAUACGACAAUUUCAAAAUUUGGACGAAGAGGAUCAAGAAGAUGGUAUUUGCGAUUUAUACAUCACUACUAUCGAUCACGAAGAUUUGCCUAUCGAAAUGGAGGCUACGGACGAGUUUGAUGAUGAUGAUGAAGUGGAACAUACAGAGUUUAGAAUAAACGAACUUUUGACGACCAUGAUUCGAAUCUUACGGAAUUUGAAUGAUCGUGGAUACAAUUUGGAGGAUAUUUUUCGACUGUUCGAGAUUUUUCGAGAACCUUCGAACGAUGAAGACGAUAUGAUAGAAGAAAUUGAAGAAGAAGAAGAAGAAGAAAAGAACGAAGAAAUGGAAGAGCAAAUACAGGAAGAAAAUAAGAUAUUGCAAUUCAUUAAAGAAGACAUGUUCACGAAUAUUAAAUUUCCUAUUGUAGUCAGAUGGACUGAUUUAUUACCUGAUCUUUCACCUAUCGAAAACAACGAAACUGAAGAGCUUGAUAUUAUGCUUAAGGAAACAGAACUUAGUAAAAUAAAUUUGUUUUCUUUGAGGGAUGAUAGUUAUGAUAAACUUACUUAUUUUGGAACGAAUUUAGAGUUACUUCCUAUAGAACGUUGUAUAACUUAUGGAAUAUUGGAAAAAGUUCACGAAGAAAAUGAAAUUAUCGAUAGUGAAGAAACGAAGAAAGUCGAGAAGAAUGAAGAAAUUAUUGCAAUCGAAGAUAUCGUAGAUCUUAAAGAAGUUAAAGAAAUGUGGAACCAUAAACACAUCGAGGUUGAGGAAGAUGUUGCGUAUCAAAUGAUCGAGGAAAACAUCAAUGAUACGAGUUUUAAAGAAAUUUAUGUUGACAAGGAUAUCCAACUAACGGAUGAAGAAGAGAACGAAGAGAACGAAAAGAACGAUUUGCGAACGACAGAUGAAGAGAUGUACGAAUGCGAAGAAAGUAAUAUCGAUAUACAAUCAGAUUUUGAGGUUAAAGAGAAGAUCAAAGAAAAGGUUAAAGAGAUUGAAGAGGUGAUUAAAGAGAUGAUUAAAGAGGAGAUUAAAGAGGAGAUUAAAGAGGAGGUUAAAAAGGAGAUUAAAGAGGAAAAAAAAGAGGACAACAAAGAACAAUUAUCUUUGUAUGCUAUCUUCACUUUUGGACUAGUUGUCUUGUAUUUCUAUAUUCAAUAUUAUUACAAAGAAAUAUUUACAUUUAGACAAAUUUCCGUGUCCACAUCGAGUUUAAAACCUUUUGAAAUUCAUGCAAUGCCAACGUCGACAACUACAUUCUUAAAAAAUUCAAAGCUUAUAAAGAAAAUCAAGAAAGAAAAAGAAAAUAAAGAAGAGAGUCUAAACGAAAACAAAGAAGAAAUCGAUCACGAUUCGUUAAAAAGUGUCAUCGAUUUCGAAAUGUCAGAAAUUUCUAGUUUCACUGAUUCAGAAUUCAAUUUUGAUCCCAAUUUGCAUAAAACGUCCUGGAGUAAUUUAAAGAUGAUACAUGGGCAUAGUUCAAAAGAGAUAGAUGAAAUAGAUAUUUGUUUGGAUGAGAAAUUGGAAUCGCUUUCUCCGCAUUACAGCCUAGUCAGGAAUAGCAGCCAAAUGAAUAUAAUCGAAUUUUACGAAAAAGAAAAUAAACUUCAAUUCAUCGAACCUGAUCUCAAGUUGUUAGAAUUGCGUCUUGCGCAGGAAGAGAUAGAUACUCUUCAAUACAAAGACGAUGAUUCGAGCUCGACAAAAUCUCUGCAACACGAGAACGAAACAAAAUUAUUCGAAGAGGCAUCGUACAAUUCUUACGCGAAGGUAAAAUUAAGCGAGAAAGAACUUCAAAAGAAUUAUGCUAUAAAUCGAAAAGAUAGUCCAAGAAAAUCAGAAUUAUCCGUUUUCUACGAAAUUCCGGUAGAGCACGAAGAAUCAGAAGAGCAACAAGAGUACGUUUCCGAAAAAAUUAUUUUUUCCAAACGAAACGAGCAGGUUGAAGAGGUUAGGUUAUCCGUGGAACAGAAUAAGCAACCAUCGAAUUCGGCACAAUUUAUGGAAACGACCGACAGUUUCGACUCGACUUAUACCAAAAUUUCCGAAGUCUCGAGAAACACUGUUUCCGUAGAUUUGAACAAAUCCUCGAUGGAAGAUUUCACGAUAGGAUCGAACGAGUCGUACGAGUCGCACGAGUCGAAUCAGUCGAACGAGGAUAGAUGA